AUGAGAGCUAGACAGGGAGAGGGUACAUUUGUGGAUGUAAAUUCGAGUACAUGCGAUCAUGGCAUUUUCGUGGUCCCUUCACAUACAAAGAGACGCUUACCUAAAAGGAACCCUGUUUCCAUACAACCGCUGUUGCCGCCCAAAGGGCACACCGCCGUCCUGUUCGCCGUCAUCCGGAUGCGGAAGCGCCGGGUAGCCCACGUCUCCGACGACGAAGACGACGAGCCUCGUCGCGUAGAAGACUCCGAUGCUGAAGGCGACCGCAGGAGCAAGCGCAAGAAGAAGCUUCGGGUAGAUGAAGAGGAGGAGGAAGAGGAGGACGGAGGGAGAAGCCGGAAUUCGAAGAAGGGUGGAAGCGGAAGAAAGUCCCGAGGCGGAGCCGAAGAGCAGUACGAGGAGGGGGAGGAGGAAGAGGAGGGGGAGCAGCAGGCGGAGUACCAGGAGGACGCCAAACCGAUCGGGGACGUCAUUAAGGUUACCGGGAAGGGGAAAAAGAAGAAGAUGCACUUCUCCUCAUUUGAAUACGAUGGAAACGUCUUUGAGUUGGAGGAUCCCGUUCUGCUAACUCCCGAAGAUAACACCACGAAGCCUUACGUGGCUAUCAUUAAGGACAUGAUACAAGAUACAAAUGGUAGCUUGUGGGUUAAUGGACAAUGGUUUUACCGUCCUGAAGAGGCAGAAAAAAGAGGAGGGGGUAAGUGGGAAGCACGAGACACCAGAGAACUCUUUUAUAGUUUCCAUCUUGAUGUGGUGCCAGCUGAAUCUGUGAUGCACAAAUGCGUUGUUCAUUUCAUUCCUUUGAACAAAAAGCUGCCACUUCGUCAGCAGCAUCCUGGUUUUAUUGUGCAAAAUGUAUAUGACACUGUGGAGAGGAAGCUGUGGAAGCUAACGGACAAGGACUAUGAAGAUAAUAAACAACAUGAGAUUGACCUUCUUGUCCAGAAAACGCGACAACGGUUAGGGGAGCUUGUAGAUAUUGACCCUGAAGAAACUCCUAUUGAUCAUGCUGAUGAAUUGGUAAAUAAAAGAACUCUGAGAAAGAAGGGAAUGAAUCCCAUUGAUGUUCCUCAAUCUGAUGAUGCAAUGAAAGCUGAACAUCAGAUGAAAGCAGAGACACCAGGGAGUUGCACAGCUGAUGAUUCAGAGAGCAAAACCAUUUUAGCAAAAUUCAAAGCAUUGACCUGUGAUUCAUAUCGAGACAAGUGGUUGGAGAAACUUCUCCAAGGGAUUCGGUCGCAAUGUUCUCCAAAAGAUGCAGCACUGACUGUGGAUAAGAAAAUAAAUGGCAUUGUUAAUUCUGAGAAAAACAUGAAUGGCAAUAGUGAAACAAUUUCUGAAGGAACAAAAGAAAACAAAACAGACGCAGGGGAAAAUAUUUAUUGGCCAGAUACAGCUGUCUGGGUUGUAACUUCUCUUGAGAGAGUUGCACAUGAAGCACUUAGUUCUGACUUUCAAAAGUAUAAUCAGAAAAUGCGGCAGUUAGAUUUUAAUCUAAAGAAUACUACAGUAUUAGUGAGACGGUUACUGAAGAAAGAGUUGGACCCUGUGACAGUCGUGGCCAUGUCACCAAUAGAGCUAAAGGAUGGUUUCACGACACAAGAAAAGUCACCAAAAGAACCUGAAGAGUCUAAGCAAAUCCAGAUGACUGAUGCUAGAUGUUCAAGAUGCACGGAGAAAAAAGUAGGUGUAGCCGACAUUAUACAGGCAGGUGGCCAUGGGGAUCGUUAUCAGCUCGAGUGUAUUGCCUGCGGCAACACAUGGUAUGCAUCUCGAGAUGCCAUCUCGUCGCUGACAAUCAACACUAGUGUCGCUGGAAAUGUAGGCACUGCCCCGUGGGCUACUGCCAAGUUUGACGCCGUUGAGAAGUCACUAGUAAGCCCCCGCGAAUCCGAGAAGCCGGCCUCUGAUCUGCUUCAGAAAUCCACGGUUGCUUACAUGCCUGUGCUUGAAACCCAAAGAUCGUUCAACAGGACCAAGACCGAAGAUGUUUCAGCCUCUGCGCCCAACCGCGAAUAGACUACAUACUACUAGUAAACUAAUAGGCUUAUCUUUUUCGAGAUAGAUGUAACGGUUUCCUUCCAGUUAAUCUAGCGUGUUUUGUUCUGGUUGACGCUUUGCUUCCUCAUCUUGUCGUCAGAAAGUAUGCCCACAACUGUUCUUGUUAUUAGCUAUUUUCUAAAAGUGGUUAAUCA